AUGAAGAGAAUCCGGUUGGCCUGCCAGGCUUGCAAGAACGUGAAGCUCAAGUGCGACAACUUCGCGCCAUGCACGCGAUGCACGCGGCUGAACAUGCAAGGCAGCUGCAUCAGAGUCAGAGUUGAGAAGGGGCGUAGGAAGAGAGGAUCAGACUCGUGCGUCCCUUGCAAGCAAUCGAAGGUCAAAUGCGACGAAGGUCGCCCAUGCUCGCGUUGUAAGCAGAAAAGGAAGGAGGAUGGCUGCGUAUACCAAGUUGUGGUCAUCUCAAGACAUAUAGCAGGAUCCAAAGACCAAGACCACGAUCAUACGCUUGCGAAAGAGCAAGCGCUAGUGCUAGAGCAAGAGCAAGGAAGAGACAGUGGGAGUGGGACAGACCUUGUCCAGGCCUCCCCAACCGACUCCGAUCAACUUGCUUGCAUGCAGGAGCUGCAGGUCGAGAGGCCGCUGGACUUCUGGGCCCGCAGCCUCUCCUUUGACCAGCCGUCUCUGCUGCGCGAGCAUAUGAACUCCAUGGGCUGGCCGGACCGAGUGCUGGCCCGACACUUGGAGAUUGGCUACUGCUCAAAGGAUGUGAUGAACAUCUUCGUCUCGCUUCCUCCUCGCCUACAGGAGGUGACGCGUCGAGCUCUGGAUGCGAUGGAAAUCAUCAUGGCAGACAAAAUGAUGAAGCAAGCUGGGGCUCUCCCAGCGCAGCUGCUGAUGGGGAGCGAGAAGAUAUCAGAGGAAGACCUGGAGCUUGAGAGGGUCUUGUACGGGAAUGAGAACUUCGGGAUGGUAAAUCACUACAUGCUGCCUUCCACUGGGCAGCGUAUGUAUCUGUACGUUUCGGACGCGACAUGCAGGAUACUGGGGCUACAUGCCGAGGAGGCUCUGGCGAGGUUAGCGAGCAGGGAACUGCCGCUGGUGAUGACGGAGUUCAACUUCUUCUGCUACAUCGUCUUCUCGACCUGGUUCUUUGCGACAUACCCAGGACGCCCGCUGAGUCUGGUUGUCUGCAUCCGAGAUAUUGGGAGCAAGAGAGAGAAGGGCGGCGUGAUAACAAGACUUGUACAGCAGCCGGAGUUCGACUGUUACGGGCGGAUGCGGUCGAUGAAGACUAUGAUGUUUCCGCUGGACAAGGAAAGUAACGAGUCGCUGGUGGAGAACCACCACGAUCCGUUGUCGACGUUCAACCAUCUGAUCAGCGGUGGAAGAGACUUCGACACGUGGAUCAAUGACUUCGAGUCCGACAUGUCCGCGGGGGAGACGAUCUUGGGGAUGCAGAAGUCGAAGCAGGGGAUGGAGCGGCUGGAGGCGCUUGAGAGGGAGCUGGUGCGGAUGUACCAGCCGUUCGUGGAGCAUGCAGACAGGAUCCUGAAGGAGAAGAUGCCCGGCCCGGCGGGCUGA